UCCCACCAGAGGUCACUGCGGGCCGGCAAAGAAGAGCAGGGGCGAGGCGCCAUGGGAGCAGACAAUGACACCGACGAAGAGGAGGCUACCUCCAAACGGAAAACGCGGCGCAAGAAAGUGCCAUUCAUCACGGGACGCGACAUCCUGCUCUGCGUCGCCGGCAUGGCCGCAAUGAGCGCAAUCGCCGUCGUAUUUUUCUUCGCCGGAACGGAACACAACAAGCGCCAGCUCCGUCACAAGGCCGCCCCCGACGCUCAUGAGAAUGCCGUGCCACUACCGCCAAGCGCACCGGCCACUUCACCGCCGAAGCCUCCGAUAAUAUCGGCGGGACCGGUAAUGACCACGCUCAGGCGGUCGCUACGCAAAGCACGGCAUCACGCCAAGCUUUCAAAGGGCGCUCGGAAGCUGAAAACGAAGCCCGGCCGGAAGAAGCCCGCAAAGCUGACGCCGACGACAAAGAAGCGUCCCAGAGAUGCGACCAAGCGCGCCACAACUCGGGUGAGGGCAGAGCGCAGGAAAGCUUCGGCAGCGAGAACGACUGCGGGUGCAGAAGCGGUUAUGUCAAAAGAAGCCGAAGAGUGACACAACAUGGGGGUGAUGCACUGCGAUAGGCCAGAGAAGAUAACGGGCAUUUCUUUCAGAACAGAACUUAGUGGCACCCUUGAAAAUAAAAGAAAAGAAUUAC